AUGAGCCACAACGGCUCGACAACGGAAGAGGCCGCCUCGGCCACGCAGGGCGGCACAAUGCAGGCCUACUUUUACCAGGAUCUGUCUGACCCUGCCUCUUCACCGGCCGUUGCUGCUCGCGUCAGGGUACCAGACACCGACAACGAGCAGCAGUCCGGAAUGACGCUCUCCAAUCCAAAUCACAUCCGCCCCGAUGGGCCGCGAGUAUGCGCCUUUGUCGGGCCCGCGCCCACUGAUCAAGAACUACAAUUCGUGGAGCAGAUGGGGGCCACUCAUGUUUUUACCUGGAUUGAAAAACUGGCAGACAUGACCCCAGCACGUCUGGCUGCUCUGAAAGAUGCUGUCGAAAGGCGUAACCUCCAGCUCAACAAUGUAGGCUGUCUGGAGCUGGCCAAAUGCCCCGACAUCAUCCUGCACACGGAUAACUACGCGGCACGGCUGACUCAGUUUGGAUCCAUGCUGGCCAUGCUAAGUGAGGCUGGCAUUCACACCACCACCUUCACGUGGGAGGCAUCAGGCAAGGUAUACAGCACGGGCCAGUCUGUAGUGCGAGGUGGUGGGCUGGGCCGUCGGUGCAAUGCGAGGCGCCUCGCCGCCCUGCCCGUGGACCCCAACGCCCCCACAGACGAACAGCUCUGGAGUAACCUAGAGACAUUUGUGCGUGACGUUAUGCCUUUGUGCGUCCAGUAUAACAUGGUCUUGGCCCUCCAUCCGAAUGACCCCCCACUACGGCAUGUCGGCGGCAUGCCCUGCCUGAUCCGCUCCUUCUCUGAUUUUGAGCGUGUCUUUGCGCUUGACCACUCGGGCCGCCUGCAGGCCGAGUUCUGCUGUGGGACCAUCUCCGAAGGUCUUCGGCUUCCCCCUGCCCAUGAUCUCGCACAUGUGACCGCGGAUCCCGCCCUGCUGGGUUCAUUUGGGGACUCGUGUGAGGCUCUGUAUUCGAAUUUGGUCGCUUUUGUUCUGCGUCAACGCGUAGCCAUUGUGCACCUGCGCAACUGCACAGCCUGCUUGCCCGACUUUGCCGAGACCUAUCUUGAUGAUGGCUUUUUGGAUAUUGCCCACAUCAUCGACCUUUUGGUUCAAAACGGCUAUCGAGGCACCAUCAUCCUCGACCACACGCCACCUUUCAAUAGUGUGGACGGCGCGGCUGCAGCCACAGCCUUUAGUCUGGGGUAUGACUUGCGCUAG